UGUUUAGUUGCCUGGCUAAAGAUGGCGUUAGCGGCUAGCCAAGACGAUUGCAUUUUGUUUCAUACAAUUUAUUCCGCCACAUGUAUAAUAACAUUGGUCAAAUAGAUCUUAACGACUUAUUCCGAAGUGCAAAAAAUGUAAUCCGUUUAGCAAACGCACCUACAAUAUGCAGAAUAACGCGUGCCUGACCUUGUCACCAUUUAGGCCUGUUUUUUUAGGAAGUCCACCGAAGCCACCGGGACUCCAUCUCCCGUCGGCCCCAGCGAGGGCCUUGUCAGUGUGAAGAAAAAAAUAAACAAUAAUCCAGAUCCCAGCAAGGACGUGGGAUCAUGGCAGCGUUACCCGUCCAGGGUAGCUGCAAACCGGCCCGAGGGUCGGCUUCGCACCGGGGCGCUUCUUCGACAUCGCCAGAGUCAUCCCUGACCUGGUGUUUGUCUCACCUCUCAAAACCCGUUCCGAAACCUACAGAGGAUACCGGGAUCUGCGGCACGGAAGACGGCGGCGGUAGAAAAGAUUCCGAUAGCAAGCGGAACAAAGCUGCUCAGUGGCGAUCCCUGGUGGCCAUCCGGACGCAUCACAUCAAGGGGGGCACCAGCGGUAUCUCCCGAUUUAGAACUCAGGGUGGACUCGGCCCUCUGUUGAAAGUUCUCAAGGACCCCGAGUGCUCCAGAAAGACUUUAGACCUGGCUCUCAGUAUACUGGGUAACUGCUGCACAGAGUACGCGACAAGGGCACAGGUUCGUAAGCUUGAAGGAGUCGUCAUUGUGGUGGACAUCUUGAAGAGGAACGUCACCACGGACACGGUGCAGAACCGGGCUGCGCGAGCCCUGGGGAACCUGGCCAUGGACCCCCAGAACUCGGCCCUCAUCCACUCCUCUGGCGGCGUCCCCCUCCUCCUCCUCUGCCUCUCCCUGUUCUCCUCCUCUUCCUCCCCCGGCGGGGCCCCGCCCCCCCCCUCCGGCCCCCAGCUGGAGUGCGCCCAGUCGGCGGCGCGCGCCCUCCUCUACCUGGCCGACACCCACGCCAACCGCCUCUCCCUGCUGGCCCAGUGCGCGCUCUCCUCCCUGGCGCCCCUGCUGGCCGCCGAGCUCCCACUGGCGCUCCGCCGCGCCGCCCUGCGCACCGUCCACGAGCUGACGCGCGGCUGCGGCGUGGAGUGCGCCCGCGAGGUGUCGCGCUCCGGCGUCCUGGCCCCGCUGGGCGCCAUGGCGACGGGCGCGGCGGCGGUGGCGGCGGAGGGCGGCGGCGGCGGCGGCGGCAGCGGUGGCGGCGGCGGCGACGAGCCGCCGGAGGAGCUGGCGCUCAAGGCGCUGGCCAACCUGUGCUCGCAGGGCUGCCUGCGCCCCCUGGUGGGCUCGCUGGACGUCAUCGGCUGCUUCUCUGCGGAGGCGCGCCGCGAGCCGCUCAGGGCGCCCGUGUUCCUCAAGGCGCUGUGCCUCUGCUGCAAGGAGGCGGUGAACCGCGCCAAGGUGAAGGCGUGCGGCGGGCUGGAGACGCUGGUGGGCUUCCUGGGGACGCACCGCGGCCACCCGCUGGCCCGCAUGGCCAUCGUGGCGUGCGUGGACUUUGUGUACGACGAGGCGGCGCUGGAGCAGCUGCAGGAGCUGGGUCUGGUGCCGCUGCUGGUGGGCCGGCUGGACGCCCUCGCCCGCCAGGAGGAGGAGCAGCAGGAGGAGGUGGAGGAGGCGGAGCCGGCGGCGGACCGGGCGGAGGCGGGCCUGACCGCCGGGAUGUCCCCCUCGGAGAUGCUGUCCUCCUCCUGCUUCGAGUCCUUCGACUUCCCGUCCCUCGACGGCCGCAGGGAGGAGGCCCGCGACCAGGGCCCGGGCUCGUCCAGCUUCCUCAGCCUCAGGUCAUGGCUGCUCUCCGAAGGGCUGAUCUCCUCCGAGGGAGAUCUGGUCGACGCCCCGGGUGCGGCCGAAGGGGACUGGAGCGGUCUUCAUCUCCCUUCCUCUUCUUCCUCCUCCUCCUCCUCACCUCAAACCCCUCUCCCCGCCCUGCCCUCCGCUUCCCCCACCGCUCCUAAAAGCUCCUCCCUCUCACCUCCCUCCUCCCUCUCCUCCCUCUCCCCGCCCUCUUCCUCCUCCUCUUCCUCUUCCUGUCCCCCGCCCUCCUCCGCUUCCUCUUCCUGUCGCGCCCCCGCCUCGGCCCAGCAGACCGAAGUCUCACCCCUGGUGGAAGCCCCCGCGCCUCCCUCGACCCCCUCCCCCUCCUCCCCCGCCCCUCCCUCCCAGACGCCCGUCUCCCCCUCCAAGCGCAAGCGUCCCCGCGUCCACCCACCGCCCCGGCCCUCCCCCCUCGGCCCCGACGCCCCUCCCUCUCCGUCCCCCCCCACCCCCACCACCCCCACCACCCCCACCCCGCAGCGCCCCCACCCCCACGGCCGCCACCCCUACCACCCGGAGCCCUGGGCGCCCGAGUCCCCCGUGCUGCUGCUGCUGUCGCGCUUCUCCCACGCCUCGGACCCCAGCGCGGCGCUGGUGACGCCGGCGGCGCUGCGCGGCCUCCUGCGCUACGUGAGCCGCCACCGCGACCCCAGCAGUCGCUGCUUCCGCAUGCUCUGCCGCCUCAGCUGCAACCCCAACUGCCUGCACGCCCUGGUGCGCACCGGGGCGCCCGCGCUCAUACGGCACCACCUGUGCCGACCGGCGGAGAGAGGUGGAGGAGGAGGAGGAGGUGGUGGAGGAGGAGGUGGAGGAGGUGGUGGUAACAGGCAGACGGGCAGAGUGAGGGCCAAGGUGAAGCAGCUAGGGCUGGCCCUGCUCAACAACAUGCGGGUCCAGAGUGAGUCUGCGUUCGGCUCGGGGGUGCUGGCCCACGCCAUGCUGUCCGGCUCGGAGCCCGACAAGAUGAACGUCGCGCUGUCCCUACCGCUCAUCAACAGCAACAAGGCGCUCCUGAGGAAGCUGCUCCUGGACAGCGGCGGCCUGGCGGUGGCGCUGCAGCCGCUGGGCUGCCCCGCUGCCGCCGGGGGGGGCGAGGAGGAGGAGGAGGAGCACACGGCCGAGUGCGGCCUGCUCCUCCCCAAAGGCUUCAGCUCCUCGCCGCCCGUCAGCGGCGCCCAGCUCCACGCGCUCUACCUCUCGCUCCUGAUUGGCUGCCUGUCCGGCCUGCUGGGCGGCGGCCGAGCUGACGCGGGCGGGAAGCCCCCUCUUCCGACUCGCUCCGGAACGUUCCCGGAUCGGAUCCCCGGGAACGCCGAAGACACGCCCCCUCCUCCGCCGAAGAAGCCCCGCCUGGACUGCCUGUGUCCGUACCGCGACGCGACCUUUGACCUCCUCUUGGAGCUGGACGACGGCACCAGGCUCCCGGCCAAUCGGGAGGCGGUGUCGGCGGGCUCGGAGUACUUCCGGGCCCUGCUGGGGGGCGGGUUCGAGGAGGCGGCGGGCGGCGCCGGCAGAGCCAUCGCCAUCCGGGACGUGAGCGGCGGCACGCUGCUGACGGUGCUGCACCACCUGCACGGCUGCCGGCUCCCCGCCCCCGCCCAGGAGGAGGGGGGGGCGCCGGGGGCGCGGUGCCAGGUGUUGGGGGCCCUGGCCCGGGAGAGACUGGGCCUGGUCCCGGGGACGGCCGCGGCGGAGACCCCGGACUUCCAGGACUCCCCGCUGGGCGAGGCGAUGGUGGGCGCCUGCCGCUUCCUGGUGCCGGAGCUGCGGCGGGAGGCGGAGGAGCUCUGCGUGGAGGCGCUCCUGGCGCACGCCGCGGCCCCGCCCCCCCUCAGGGACCCGGGCCGGCCCCUCGGGGAGACCACCGACGAGGGCCUGGCUCGCCGCGCCUCGGGCCUGGAGCUCAGCGGAGGAGCGGAGAGCACGCAAGAACCGAAGCGCCCGCGCUCCGCGUCCGGCUCCAAACCGAGCGGCUCGGACAAGACCCGGCCGGGACCCAAGCACGCCCGGCGCUCGCUGAGGCCGCCCCCCCCGGACCCCUCGGCCCCGUCGUGGCCCCCGGCCGGCAGCGAAGGCCGCGCCCUGUGGGCCCUCCUCCCGCAGGUGUACCGCUUCGCCCAGCGCUACAGCUACGCCGCGCUGGGCCGGGCCUGCCUCUCAGUGCUCCUGGGGGGGCCGAGGGGUCCCAGGGCCCAGCCCCGCCCCGCCACCGGCUCCUCCUCCUCCUCCUCCUCUUCUUCUUCUUCCUCUUCCUCCUCCUCUUCAUCCCCGGGCCCGGGAGACUGCCUGGGGAGGCUGGCCCUUGAGGCGGACUGCCCCGGGACCCUGAAGCAGGACUUGCUGGACCUGGUGACGUUGGCGCUGAGCUAAAGGGGGAUGGGGGAGGGGGGGGGGGGGGGGGGAGUGCAUGAGGUGGGGGGGGGGGUCUCAUCACCGGAGAGAGGUUUGUGUCAAAGGAGGAGUUUACGGCGUUGCUUUUGGGAUAAAGUGUCACGAAUAAUUUCACAAGACAAAGUCGCUCACGCUGAACAUUUAAAGAUGCAAUGAAUUUACGGCCUUGUUGUUUUUGCUUUUUUAUAAUUUUGAAAUUGUGUUUUUUGUUUUAGAGUUUAUGAGAAUCUACGAAGGCUGCCCUGACCUCACCCGUACGAGGUGAUACACACUGAUUUGUUAAUUUGCCAUUGCUUGUGCCAUUAACAUCUGUGUUGUAUAUUUUUUGUAUAUUAUUAUUUGUAUAUUAUUUAAAAAACCGAAUGAAUGUUUUCCAGUUAUUUGAAGAGAAGAGAUUGUCGGGGUCGCUCUAGUUGCCUUUUUUGUUUAUUUUUGUAAAUAGAGAUAAAGCCGAAUAUAUAGAUAUACAGUACACGUACCCGUCAGAUGUAUGGCGCCUAAUAAAUAUGGUCUAAGCUCGC